AGAAGAAAAUAACGAGUCCAACGACGACGAGAAAGAAAUCAACGUAGGAGAGAUUACCAUUCGAGAGAGCGAACUUCGUCUUCCUCCUCGCUUCGCCUCACCUCCUCCGACGACGACGACGAUUCUCUGCCCACAAACCCUAGAUUUCGGAGCUCGAAGCCUCUUCUUCUUUGGAGAGGCGCGGUGAGAGAUGCCUUUGGCGGCGUCGGCGAUAUACUUCUUGAACCUCCGCGGCGACGUCCUCAUCAAUCGCCUCUAUCGCGACGAUGUCGGUGGAAACAUGGUGGAUGCUUUUAGAAAUCAUAUAAUGCAGACAAAGGAUCUCGGCACAUGUCCUGUUCGUCAGAUUGGAGGUUGCUCAUUUCUUUACAUGAGAAUUAGCAAUGUAUAUAUUGUGAUCGUUGUUAGUAGCAAUGCUAAUGUUGCUUGCGCUUUCAAGUUUGUCGUUGAGGCUGUCUCUCUGUUUAAGUCUUACUUUGGUGGGGCUUUUGAUGAAGAUGCCAUCAAGAAUAACUUUGUUCUAAUUUAUGAGCUUCUUGAUGAGAUCAUGGAUUUUGGAUACCCACAAAAUCUUUCACCUGAAAUAUUGAAGCUCUACAUCACUCAACAAGGAUUCCGUUCACCAUUUUCUUCCAAGUCCUCAGACAGGCCUGUACCCAAUGCUACUCUACAAGUUACAGGUGCUGUUGGUUGGAGGCGUGAGGGUCUUGUUUACAAGAAAAAUGAGGUUUUCCUGGAUAUAGUUGAAAGUGUAAAUCUUCUUAUGUCCUCUAAAGGGAGUGUUUUACGUUGUGACGUGACUGGAAAGAUUUUGAUGAAGUGCUUCCUUUCUGGGAUGCCUGAUUUGAAACUUGGGUUAAACGAUAAACUUGGUCUUGAAAAGGAAGCCCAACUAAAGGCGAGGCCUACAAAAAGUGGAAAGACUAUAGAACUUGAUGAUGUCACUUUUCAUCAGUGUGUAAAUCUGACGAGGUUCAACUCAGAAAAGACGGUCAGUUUUGUGCCACCCGAUGGUGAAUUUGAACUGAUGAAGUAUCGUAUCUCUGAGGGUGUAAAUCUUCCAUUUCGGGUGUUGCCAACGAUCAAGGAACUGGGCAGAACACGCAUGGAAGUCAAUGUUAAGGUGAAGAGUGUCUUUGGGGCUAAAAUGUUUGCGCUUGGCGUAGUCAUCAAAGUUCCGGUUCCUAAGCAAACAGCUAAGACAAGUUUUCAAGUUACAUCUGGUAAAGCCAGAUAUAAUGCGCCAAAUGAUUCCAUCGUCUGGAAGAUAAGAAAAUUUCCAGGACAAACUGAAGCAACCAUGAGUGCAGAGGUUGAGUUGAUUACCACAAUGGGUGAGAAGAAGCCUUUGACCCGGCCACCAAUUCAAAUGGAAUUUCAGGUGCCGAUGUUCACUGCAUCAGGUUUACGUGUCAGAUUUCUGAAGGUAUGGGAGAAGAGUGGAUAUAACACAGUUGAAUGGGUUCGCUACAUUACGAAAGCUGGAUCAUAUGAGAUCAGAUGUUAAGGAUACUAUCAGACAGUGAAUAAAGACAAUGGACUUGAAUUAGGAGGCUUAUCCAACACGGCAAUAUUUCGGAGAUGAGCCCAUGGUAAUCACUCUUAGGAUUUUAUUUUAUUUUAUUAUUUUUUUGGAUGAGAAAGAGGUAUGUUUGUAGCUAGUUCGAAACUCUUUCAGAGAAAACCUCUGAAGGAUCAAAACGGAGACACUUCUUAACAGCUCCAUCAGGGUGAUUAUUGUAGUAUAAAAAUAAACUUACACUCUGUUGUCUGGUUACAAAACUCUUUUUUAGGUAUUUUCUGGGAUAAAAAUUUUUCAAUUUAAA